CGGGCCGUGCCGGAGCGCGGCCAUGGCCAGCCUGCAGCCGGGGAAUCCUCGGGCUACCGGGUGCGUCUCGAAGUCGCCGCCCGAACUGCCGCUGCAGGUGAAAGUGGUGGGGCUGUUCAAAAGCUCCAGCUUUCAGAUUGCGAAAAGCGCUGCUGAGAGUCUGAAGAAUAAUUACCCAGCCAACUUUGAAGAUCCUAUAAUAGUUCCACUUCAAGAAUUUGCUUGGAAUCAGUAUCUACAGGAGAAGAAACGGGAACUCAAGGGUGACACCUGGGAAUAUUCUGCCUUAGUGAUGUGUUUUAUUAACGACCAGCUCCUGGGCGGUGCGUGUGAUCUGCAGAAAUGGGCUCAGAAGAUGUGGGACAUCGUUGAUGUUAAGCCGCCUGCUCUUUACGAAGCACUGACUCUGGAUUAUUCCACUCAGUUCCUAAGAGACACCAAGCAUGAUUUUGUGUUCUUGGACAUUGGAAUUGAUUCAGUUCCAAUUGGAAGACUGGUUUUUGAGCUAUACUCUGAUGUAUGUCCCAAAACAUGUGAAAACUUUCAGCUCUUGUGCACAGGAAAAGCAGGGUUUUCUCAAAGAGGUGUAAGGCUACAUUACAAAAAUUCAAUUUUCCAUCAAAUAGUACCAAAUGGUUGGAUACAAGGAGGAGAUAUAGUCGCGGGAAGAGGAAACGACGGAGAGUCGAUUUACGGACCCGUGUUUGAAGACGAAAACUUUUCAAUCCCUCAUGAUAAAAGGGGCGUUCUUGGAAUGGUCAACAAAGGCCGUCACAGCAAUGGGUCGCAGUUCUACAUCACACUGCAAGCAACCCCCUACCUGGACAGAAAAUAUGUGGCUUUUGGGCAACUGAUCGAAGGAACGGAAGUUCUUAAACAACUAGAAUUGGUUCCAACACAGAAUGAAAGACCGAUAUACCUGUGUACCAUUAUGGACAGUGGAGAUCUUUAUACCUGAUCCCACCCCCGUGUUUUCUAGGGUAACCUGCUACUCUGUAUCUAAUCAACUGUUUCUAGAUCUAAUUAAACCGCACUUGAUAUAAUUUAAUUUGAAAGCUGCGGCAGACACUGCAGGUUGGCCUGCCUAACACGCAGCCCUGCCCCAUUUCCUCUCCGACCUCCACCAUAGAGGCCGCAGAAGUGAAAUACUCGAUUUCCCAGCCUCCUUUUCAGCCUGGAGUGCCAGUGGUGCUGUCUUCCCGUCCUUGCACUGUUGAGCCGAGAGCGGCUGGCACGGCAGCGGUCUCCGCUGGCAGGAAAGGAAAGGUCAGGAAGUGCAGAGAGGCCAGCAGGUGUCCUCAGGGGCAGACACCUCUGGGCUUGUGCUGUUCAUAUUGCGCCUGGUUAGCCUGUUACUUGUCGCCACACACAUUCUUCAUCUAGCAGCAUACCUAGUGGUCUUUGAAUCCUCAAACGUUUGUAAUGGAAUUCUGUUGUUUGUUUGUACAUUUCUCUGAGAAAUCUGGUAAAUAACCAAAUAGGAGUGAUUCAGUAGAAAACACAACUCAGUGUAAUACUUCAUUGUUAAACAAAGCAUUCAGAAAGGGGAUAUACACUUUGCAUGUUUUAAUGACACAAACAUGAUCCAUGUCUCAGCCAAUCCAUCCAUAUAACAAGGGUAUGCGUCAUGGUCCCUAGGGUACCU